AUGGAAGUAUAAAUUAUAAAUAGCCAAAUAGAAGGGGAACAUAAAUUAAAAUCAAUAUAAUGUGUAAGAAUAAGCUACGAGCGAUUAGUCAUGCUUGUAACUAUUCUGUAUAUACAUAGGUAUUAUUGUGCAUAUGUACUGGGUUUCUGGCAGCAUUUUACUUUCGGUGGUUUCCUCAUCAAUUUAUUAAUUUUUUGUACAUCACGAGCACCUUAGAAAAGGCCACACACGUUAAGACCAAUCCGUACAAUGAGAUCUGCUAAGUCACAAGAGAUGGAAAGAAGAUCCAUUUCAAAUUCAGGUAAUACAACUAGAAUGAAAGUUAGAUUCUUAAAAUAUGAAUUGUUGGAGGAUAAGUUCAAGCCUCUAGAAUUUGAGCCUAAAAAUGCUAAUUCGUUAACUACUAAGGAAGUGUAGGCUGGCCAAUAAGAUUAUGGAUCAGCACUGAUGAAAAUUCCGAUGAUCGGAUUUCUAGAAUUUACAUUAGAAGAACUUUCAACUCCAUUUUAUACUUUGUAAUAUAUAUGCGUUGUAAUUUGGUUGGUUUAAGGGUUUUUCUAUUUCGCAAUUGUGAUGAUGUCUUGCUCUCUGAUUUCAACUUUCAUCAAGUUUUAUUUGCUUAGACAGUCUUUAAAAAGAUUGCAGUCACUAGCAGCAAUCCAUUAGCAGGUGAUGGUGAUAAGAAAUGACGAGUUAAAUAAAAUAGAUGUGAAUGAGCUUGUGCCAGGAGACAUAAUAAAAUUGCAGACAAUGAUUGUUCCUGCUGAUUGUAUAAUUACGGGCAUGGCGUUACUGAAUGAAGCAACAUUGACAGGCGAGAGUAAUCCUGUGCCAAAAUAGACAGGGUAAAUAUUAUUUGAAGGUACAAAGAUCCUCGAAGUAAAUACUGGAUCAACUGCGUAAGUAAUACGAACUAAUUAUUCUACAAUAAGAGGACAAUAUUUUAGAAAUGUAUUAUAUCCACAAAAAGUGACUCAUAAAUUUUAUACACAAGCCAUGAAAUUCUUAGCCGGCUUUGUUAUUUUCAAUGUGAUAAUAGCAGCUGCCACUUUGGUCAUUUAUUUAGACUACACUACUGAAUUAAUUUUAGCUAACAUAUUCAGUACAUUAACUUGGAUAUUUCCACCUGCCAUGCCUAUCUUUUUUUCAUUAACAGCUACGAUAGCAUUGCUUCGUUUGAAAAAUGAGAAUAUCAUUGGUAGCAACAUGGAUAAGAUUCAUAUUUCAGGAUAAGUUGAUGUUACCUGUUUUGAUAAGACAGGUACAUUAACAACGAAUGAGUUAACUGUGAUUGGUCUAUGGGAUAAAUAGGAUUGCAAUAUUUGUAUAAGUUGUUGUCAUCAUAUUUGUUAAUCUGAGGGACAAUUGGUUGGAGAUGUAUUGGAUCUUGAAAUGUUUAAGUAUAGCCAAUCGAAAAUACUUUUUGACAAGAAUGACAUUCAGAUCACAUCUAAAGAUUAAAAGAUUUACAAGAUUAUCAAAAUAUUUGAUUUUAAUUCUGAAUUGAUGAUGAUGUCAGUAAUUGUAGAAUGCGAGAACAAAUAUUAUUUAUGCUCAAAAGGGGCUCCAGAAAAAUUGCAAUCAAAGUUGAACUCUCAGAAUCAAGAAAUGCUUUCACAAUUAUCCUUCUAUGUCAACCAAGGCUACCGAGUUAUAAGUUUGGCUCAAAAGGAAAUCACUCGAGAGGAUCUCAAUUUAGAAAGAAUGUAAUUAGAAAUCAAUUUGAAUUUCUUAGGAUAUCUUAUCUUUGAAAACCAAUUAAAACAUGACACAGCAGACGUAAUGAAACAGCUCAUUGAGUCAAAUUUGAAAGUGAAAAUUCUAUCGGGAGACAAUCCUUUAACAACUGUCAAUACUGCAUACAACAUUGGGAUUGCAAAUGAUGUUGUAAAAUUAUUUGAUGUUAGAAAUUCAGAGAUUGUAGAGAUUGACAUCAGAAGAAUAGAAGAAAAAUAAUAGAUUGUUUAAUAAAAAUAAUACCUAAUUGAUGUGAAGGAUUUGUAGAAUUACAUAUACACAUUGAAUCAACAGUUCGCAUUGACUGGAGACUUCAUGGAAUUCUGCAAUCAACAUAAAGUGGAUGUUCACUCUUUAUAUCAAAGAACGAUUGUAUUUGCUAGGGUUAAGCCACAUCAAAAGAAGGAGGUAGUUUUCAUGCAUCAAUAAUUAAAAUGCUGUGUGGCUAUGGUAGGAGACGGAUCGAAUGAUUGUUCAGCUAUUUCUUAAGCAGAUAUUGGAGUCUCAUUCUCCCAAGCUGAUGCUUCAUACACAGCUCAUUUCUCAUCAUUAGAUUAAUCCAUUAAAUGUAUAGUGACAAUAUUAGCAUAAGGAAGAGCAACAGCACAGACUUUGACUGAAAUCUUUCCUCUCUAUACUUUAUUAAGUUUUCUAGCUACUUGUGCUUACACAUGUUUAGCAUUGGAAGGUCAGAAUUAUAGUGACUUUUAAUUAUUAUUCCUUAGCUUUUUAUGUUACAUCCCAAUAAUGGCAUCGAUGACGUUAACUAAGGCAUUGCCAAAUUUAUCUAAAGAAUUACCUUUAGAUGAUAUGUAUUAAUUAAAUAAUCAACUUUCAUUUUAUACUCAUGUGUUCAUCUUUACUGGUGGUUUACUUGUGUCUGUAGCAAUCGUCAUGAAUGCUCAGGAUCAUCAUUUUGAUAAACCAGAACCCCCUAUUAGAGACUAUCUCAGGAGCGGUAUGCUCAACUCUGCUACAGUCAUUAUUGCUUAGAUAUACAGUUAAUUCUUGCCUUUCAUCUUUAUUAUUUCUAAACCUUUCAAAGAAUACUGCUAUAAGAAUUACGUGUAUAUGACAUACUCGACUCUCUCAUUUUCAAUAACUAUAUUAUUUGUGUUUUUCAGACCCUCUUAAUAAUUUUUGGAUUUGGUCGACUUUAACUCUGAAAUAUCACUUUGA